AUGGAGAGUACCCUGACAACAAAGACCGAGGGUGGUCAGCAGUAUCACAGCCAAGAUGAAACUUGUGUGGGGGAUAUUUCCUGGACGCCAGAGGAGGAGCAGAAGGUGGUGCGAAAAGUUGAUUUGCGCUUGAUCCCGACAGUCUGGCUCAUGUUUGUCAUUUCCUGGAUGGACCGCAGCAACCUGGGAAAUGCCAAAAUCGCAGGGCUCAAUGCCGACCUCCACCUGUCGUCCACCGACUACAGCUUGGCAAUCAUCACGUUCUACUCACGCCCUGGUCCAGUCGGCUAUGCCUUCUGCGGUCCUCUGUCCAAUCUCAUCAUCACCCGCGUUAGACCAUCCAUCUACUUCGCUGGCCUGAUGAUGGUUUGGGGUAUCGCAACUUGCUGCAUGGGUGCCGUCAAAACCUUUCCACAGCUCCUUGUUCUCCGCAUCAUUGUCGGUAUCUUCGAGGGCGGCUUGACCCCGGGCGUCUACUUUGUCAUCUCAAGUUGGUAUGUGCCCGCAGAGCAAGCGAAACGUGCCGCCUUUGUGUUGUCUGCUGUUCUCCUCGGCGGCGCGUUUGGUGGUAUCAUCGCCGGCGCCGUGACAGGCGGUCUCGAAGGCCGCUACGGGAUCCGGGGUUGGCGUUGGCUGUUCAUCGUGGAGGGAAUCAUCACCAUCAUCUGGGCGAUGAUUGCAGGCUUCAUUCUCCCUGACUUUCCCGCCACCUGCCGACACUUCACCCCCGAGGAGAAGAGAAUCGCGACUAGUAGGCUAAGGAACUGCGGCACGAACAUCGGCGACAACCAAAGUGAUGGGCCACGGCUUGGAAAAGUGCAGUCGAUAAAGCUCGCUUUGUCGGACUGGAGGACUUGGGGUGUGGCUGGUGGUAUCGGGCUAUGCGGAUGUGCUACGGUUCUCCCCUACUUCUAUCCAACGUUGGUCAAUGGCCUUGGCUACAAGGAGCACGUCACAGCACAGUACAUGACCGUACCAAUCUGGGCGGUGGCAUUUGUGUGUGCCCUGUCCAGUGGGUUCAUCGCUGACCGAAUCCCCAAUCACCGUGCUGCGUUCAUCGCCGGCUGGUCGGGGUUUGCUGCCAUCAUUUCCAUCGUGGUGUGUGUCGUUGAGGAAUACAAAGCGCGGUAUAUCCUCCUGAUCUUCCAAGGAUGUGGUGUCUGGACAUGCAUCUCGCUGGGUGUAGCUGUUGCGACGACGACGUUCCAGGACAUGAGACCGGAAGUGCGAGCGAUCUCGGUCAGCUUGCCGCAGGCCGUCGGCAACGCUGCCAACAUCUACGGGGCGUAUCUUUUCCCUCAGGAACAUGCGCCGAGGUAUUUGGCGGGCUUCGUCGUCAUUACUGUGACUCUGGCGGCAGGGUCCUUAUUGUUUGCUCUUGUCGAUCUCGGCUUGAGUCGAAGGCGGAAGGUUUUGGCAUAGCAAGAUGCAUUUGGAAGAAUAAAUUUGAUUGAGAUUGGGGAGGUAACAGUUGUAUGCCGAGAUAGAAAUUAUGGACACCCCCCUAUACCCUGGUUAACCUGCCCUGAAAAUGCACGACCAUUUCUCCCUGUAGGAGCAACCA